AAAUUAAGUCAAAAAGAAUCUCGAUCUAUUUAGAUUCUAGAUCUAGACGCGUCUAGAUCUACUUUAUUUACUAAUUUAGUCGAUUACCUUUCUCAUAGAAUAGAUAUAAUAAUAUUUACGAAUUUGUCCCAUGCUCCAGAUAACGCAUUUUAUUUUUCUAUUUAUCUAGAUUAGGGUAUCUUGAACUAGAUUCAGACCCCCCCCCCCCAAAAAAAAAAAAAUAGCCCAAAAUAAAAAAAUGAUUAUUAUUAAUAUUAAUAAUAUUUAUAUACUGGAGUGUCUUAGUCUUAUAUAGUAUACUCAGUAUUUAAUUGACUAUAUCGCAAUGAGUACUUGACUUUAAAAUCAUGUAAUCAUUGUAAUGACUAUUCCCUAUUGACUAACAAUAAGUCAUGAGAAUCUCAUAAGAAUCUGAGAAUGUGACAAAUAAAUCAGUAGCGUAGCCUAUAUUCCUAUAUACUAAUGACUUUAAUGAGUCUAUAAUCAUUCUUAUGUGAAUUUUGUCAGUUGAGUGUACUAUAACUAAUAAAUCUGGUAGUUAAUACUAAUACACCCUACAUACUUUAGAGUUAGAGUUAGAGUAUAACAUGCAUGGUUAGAGUUUAACAUGCAUGACUAGAUAGAUAAGUUACAUAGUAGUACAGUCAUGCACUCCUGUAACAGUCCAGUACAGACCUUACACCUGCACUACUUGCAAUAGUAGAGAUACAAACUUAAUGCAGAGACUUGCUGGACUUACUAUUGAAAAACAAAAAAGAUAAAAUUGUGAAACAUCAAGAAAAAAGUGUCUGCAGUGUUUAUUUAAUUUAAUUAUGACAUAAGUGUUUUAUGAUUAUCACAUGGUGUACAUAAACCAUAAUUUAAUUAUUAUGGCAUUUAUGGUUGUUAAAGCAAGAUCAUCCAUGAGAAUGGCCUCUAGGAAUUUCAUAGUUCAACUGUUUGUGAUCUUUAUCUCUCUUUGUUGGAUUCAUGAUUAUACAACUGAAGCUUGUGGAGGUGUAACUCAUAUUGAAAUAAGUUACAGGGCAUUAAAUAACUAUCAAGACAUUUAUGGAAAUGUCAGUUAUAAUACUAUAUUGAACCAAAACCAGGAUGCACUGGAAGCAGGCAGUGUGUUCCCGGACACAUUUUACCCUGACAUUUGUUAUAAGGGUAUAUUUCAUGGUGUUUCUGAAGAUACACAUUGGAUUCCAUUUAUCAAUGCCAGUGUGAAUUAUUUCAUCAAAAAUUUUCCCAAACCUUGGAGCCAGAAAACACAAAAGUUGGCCGCAUUCAUCAUGGGUAUCAUGUCUCAUCAAGUUGCAGAUGUCUCUUGGCAUGCACUUGGAAUAGAUCAAGGCUUUUUGCAGGCUAUGGCAGGGAUAAAUUACCAUGGUAGCUUUCCUUCAGCUCAUUCAGAUGGGGACCUAGGUGGCGAUGUAUUAAACCUUUAUCAGUUAGAUCUGAGUUACAGUGACCUAUUAGGAGAUUGGUAUGUUCCCACAACUGAUGUUCUCAACAUAUUUAGAGAGUACUAUGGCCAAGAUGUUAUCAAUGAGACAGUGUUGACCACCUGCUCAAAGCUGAUGUACUUAGUAAAAAUUGGUGAGAAAGUAUUUAUAAAAAAGCUUUUUCCAAAUUCAGCCAAGAAAAGUCCAUUCCUGGUAGAUGAAUUGUAUGACUAUUUUCUAGGUGGUAUAAAAGAUAUGUCCACAUGGACUCAGCGAUUGUGGAAACACCUGACUAUAGCUUUUGAAUAUGGAAUAAAGACUUGCAACAUGAACCACAGCUCUUUGUUCUUCCGAUGCAACAACACCCACAAUGGCACCACAACAGCCAGAACAAAGAAAAAAUAUUUCCCAAAGCACUGGUACUACAGCAAACUGUUAAAGCUAAUGAACAUCACAAUAGAUGAUUUAGAUGCAAAACUUCAUAAUGGUGAAUUGUAUUUGAAACCAUCUGCUCAGCUUUUAAAAAAACUGAAUUAUGAACUGUAUGGGCAAACUAAAAAGUCACACUUGAAAAACAAAUCAGUUAGUGAGGAAACACCAAAGUUUCUGUACACUCUAAAACAAGAUUAUGCUGAUCUUGGAAAUGCCUAUGCUGUGGCUGACCUCAAUGGGGAUGGUAAUGAGGAUGUUGUUGUUGGUUGCCCUGGAUACGUUGAUGUCAACUCAAACCAGAGAACAGGGGCAAUAUUUAUAUUAUAUGGAACUGAUGAGGGGCUGAAAAAUUCCACUUCUGAUAUUUCCUCUAUAGCUGAUGCUAAAAUAAUUGGCCCAGUAUCCCAGGAUGCAACAGAGAAUUCUAAAUUUGGCUCAUCCAUUACCAUCUUUGACCUUGAUGCAGACGGGCAACUUGAGAUUGCUGUUGGUGCUCCAAGCUUUGGCUCUGUCAAUCUAACUUACUUUGGGAGAGUCAAUGUAUACACACCUGUCAAUCAAAAGAACUAUACUUUAAGAGGAACAAUUGACUGUCAGGAUGUCUAUUGUACUCUGGGAACUAACAUCAUAUCAGAGGACAUCAACAACGAUGGCUUGAAUGACCUGAUUAUCAGUUCUCCCUAUGCCCCAGCUGGUGGUGCCCAGAGAGGAAUAGUUGUUGCCUUGCUUGCUGAUAGACAAUAUCUAGGUAAAACAAGUUUGAAAUUGUCAGCUAAAAACUACCUUUUAGGCACACAGAACUACAGUUGGUUUGGUUACAGUCUAGCAGCUAAAAGAUUUUCUGACAUCAAUGAGACUUUGUUCGUUGUAGGGGCGCCUGGCACAAGAAAAUGUGCAAAAGCUGAUUGUUCAUUUGAUCCUGCUGAUGUGCAGGCUAUUGGACAAAUAAAUGUUUACUACUUAACUAGUAAUCAAAUAAUACCUGGUCCAGUGCUCACUGGGCAGCAACAGUUCCAGAUGCUUGGCAGUCAAAUGGCCAUUGGUAGACUACUGGACAGUACUACUGGCACUCUGGUCAUAGCUGCUUCAGGGCAAGAUGUUAAAGGCAGCAGUGGGCAUGAUCUUCUAGAUAUUGACCAGGCUGGAGCAGUGUAUAUUUAUAAACUAACAGACUUAAAAAAUCCUAUUACUGUAUUAAGUGGAGACAGAAAAUUUGGUCGAUUUGGAGCUACUAUUAAGGUACUUGAUGUCAACUCUGAUGGCAUUGAUGAUUUGAUUGUUGGCGCUCCAUUGAGAACUGAAGAUAUUACUGAGGAAAUAACAGGAGCUCAACAAGGUCGUGUUUAUGUAUACUUAGGAGGUGCCAACUUCCCACUAAGCAAUACAACCUCAGAUUGUGCCUUCACUAACAUGGAAACAUGCUUCGGACUUAAGGCUGACAGAGAACUUUCAUUUAAUGAAGAUAUGGCCAGAUUUGGUAGCAGGCUUUCUGUUGUGAAAUGCAAAACAAAGACCCAGCUGCUUGUGACUGCUGAACACAGUGCUAAGGGAGGCAGACUGGCUGGAGCAAUCGGUGUAUUUGAUUUGUAAAAGUAAUUCAAUUGUAUUGUUACAUUAUGUUGAAUCCAGUCUUUCAUUUUUAUGUACAUAUGUGUUCAUUCUGUAAUAAAGUCAUUGCCAAACACUU